UCAUGGGCAUCGCCAUCCCCAUCGGCUUGGCAGUUACCACGGCGCUCGCCUUGCCCAUGGUGCCCGCCGUUCCCACCCGCUGGGCAGCGCUCGCUCGCCGGCUCCCGGCCAGCAGCGCUCCCACGCCGGCGAUUACGCUCUACCGCGACACGAAUGGAUGGUGCCCGUUCUGCGAGCGAGUGUGGCUGCAGCUCGAGACCAAGGGCCUGCCGUACGAAGAGGUGCUGAUCAACCUCCGCGAUAAGCCACAGUGGUACAAGGACAUGGUCCCAACCACCCUCGUGCCAGCAGUCAAGAUCCGCAGCGGCGGAACGGAAGAGGUGGUUUGGGAGUCGGAUGUGAUCUUGCGGCGGCUCGAGGAGCUCCACCCAGAGCCGGCGAUGCUGCCGCCCGACGGAGAGCGCGCGGCCGCCGAGGCACUCAUUGCGGAGGCCGGCAAUCUUUCCUCCGCCGGCUUCCGCUUCGCGGCCGCCGUCCGCAACGCGAGCGUGACGCAGGAGGAGGUUGCCUCCCUCCGCGCAGCCUUCGAGGACGGGCUGGACGCGCUCGACGCGGCCAUCGCGGAGGGAGGAGGCCCUUUCAUCUGCGGCGGCUCGGUCGGUCUCGCCGACGCCACCUACCUGCCCUUUCUCGAGCGGUGGGCGGUCCAGCUGCCUCUCACGUCCGGGUUUGCGCUGAGGCCGGAGGAGGGAGAGCCGCCUCGCUGGCCGCAGAUCGAGGGGUGGUUCGUGGCGAUGGCGGAGGAGCCUGCCUACGCACGCGUGCGCGGCGACACCUACUCGUGGUCCGCCGCCGUCGCCGCCUUCCAGCGCAUCUUCGCCACCAACGGCACCCUCUCCGACGCUCAGCGCGCGGUGUCGCGCCGCGCCGACGGUGCCGCUGCGCUCGAGCUCAGGCGCUCGGCACAGGCCGCUCCCUCGGCCGCCGCGGCCCUCGCUGCGGCGGAGAAGAUCAUCGCCAACUGGGAGGCUGUGGUCGCCGACGCGACGGCGGCGGAGCCGCUCUCGCAGGCGAACUUGCAGCGGCUGGAGGAGGAGGACGGCGCGGCGGUCGAGCUUCUGCUGGCCGAUUGCGCGGCGCGGCUGCUGCAGUGUGCGGGCAGGUGGGAGGACGAGGCGGGUGGCGAGCCAGCAGCCGAGGGCGGCGAGGAGGAGGAGGAGGAGCGCGCGCUGUGCGAGGCGGAGCUCCUCGGCCUCGAGCCGCUCGAGCACAAGGUGCGCGCCGACGCCGCCAGGCUCGUCUCCGCGCGCCUCUGCGCACCGCGUGACAUGGGCGCCGACGCCGCGGAGGCUAUGCGCGGCGUGCUCAUGGCGAUGGCGAGCGAGAGCGAGGGCCUCGCCUGGCGCAAGUCGGGCGGGCUGCUCUGAGCGAGGGGUCAGCCAGCUCCGCGCGCGUAGAGCUGCGGGCCGGCUGGCCGAGUAUCGUCGUUUUGGGCAGCGAGUUAUUUCAUCGAUGGUGCGAUGGAAAGAAC